AAAAAUGAAUACUAAUAAAAUUGUCCUAGGGAUUUUCUGAAAACCCUGUUGACUGUACCGCUAGCAUCGACAAGCACGACACCGCGGGAACGUGACAUACAUUGAGUCGGUGUACCAUAAACAACUUUUUAGUUAAUCAGUAGCAAUGGGUAUUUUAGGGCUAUCAAAAUUGAUAGCAGAUAUCGCACCGACGGCAAUAAAAGAGAGUGAGAUUAAACAUUAUUUUGGUCGAAAAAUAGCAAUUGACGCAUCAAUGAGUUUAUAUCAAUUCCUUAUUGCUGUCAGAAGCGAAGGGGCGCAGCUAACAUCUGUCGAUGGGGAAACUACAAGUCAUUUGAUGGGCACAUUUUAUCGCACCAUACGUCUGGUGGAGAAUGGUAUUAAGCCUGUAUAUGUGUUUGAUGGUAAACCACCAGAGAUGAAAUCUGGCGAACUUUCCAAACGAGCAGAGAGGAGAGAAGAAGCACAGAAAGCUCUAGUGAAGGCAGAAGAAGCAGGUGAUGCAGAACAAGUUGAUAAAUUCAGUCGACGUUUGGUUAAAGUGACAAAACAGCAUGCCAAUGAAUGUAAACAGUUGCUCUCCCUGAUGGGAAUUCCUUACAUUGAGGCACCUUGUGAAGCAGAGGCACAGUGUGCCGCUAUGGUAAAGUCAGGCAAGGUAUAUGCUACAGCAACAGAAGAUAUGGAUGCUCUCACUUUUGGGUCAAGUGUUUUACUGCGUCAUAUGACAUUUAGUGAGGCACGUAAGAUGCCUAUUCAGGAGUUUCACCUGACUAAAAUACUUGAAAAUUUGGAGCUCUCGCACAAUGAGUUUAUUGACCUAUGCAUUUUGUUGGGCUGCGACUAUUGCGACAGCAUUAAAGGUAUUGGACCUAAGAGAGCUAUAGAUCUUAUAAAACAGCACAGAAAUUUGGAAACUGUUCUCAAGAAUAUAGACAAAAAUAAAUAUUCUGUUGCUGAAGACUGGAUGUACACCGAGGCUCGACAACUGUUCCUGGAACCACAGGUUACUGAUCCAGAAAAAAUUGAGAUAAAGUGGACAGAGCCAGAUGAGGAGGGCCUUGUUAAAUAUUUGUGUGGAGACAAAGCAUUCAAUGAAGACAGAGUCAGAAGUGGAGCUAAAAAGCUGGCCAAAGCUCGAACUGGAGCAACUCAGGGACGACUUGAUUCCUUUUUUAAAGUUCUUCCCUGCCCCAGUAACAUAUCUAAUAAACGCAGAGGAAAAAACUGGAGCAAAGAAGAAAGCAAAGGCUGGAGGUGGAAAAUUUCGAAAACCAAAAUGAGUAUCAACAUUUUUAUAAGUAUACUUAUUUUAACAAUAUUGCAUAUUUUGUAAUUUAACUUUAUACUAUUAUACGCCAUUACUUGCAUUAAAAUGUACAUUAGAUAUACCAAGGUUUUGCCACAUUCAUGCUAAAAUGCAGUCCACAAUAUUACUCAUGCUGUUGUAUUGUACAUACAAACCCAUUGUCUGUAUUUUUACUGUUACCACUGAAUCUCAGUACUAAAUAGGAGUAUAAUAAAGCUUUCUUUGAAACUUG